AUGGCCGAGAAAGAGGAUUAUACCUUUCAAAUCCAGCUAAACACUGAAGUUCAAGAAAUUGGGUUUCAUUCAAAAAACGAUGGGGAUGAGAUACAGCGCCCUGAUAUCGUAGACGACAUUUGCAGGGGAUUGCUCAUCCAAGCGCGCAUUGAUCGAAUCAUACAUGGUACAGAGACUGAGAAUGGCAGUCCAGCCACUCUAGUUGUCUUCGGUUUCCGUUUUCAUGGUCUCGGAAAACGGCGCCGUCUUCAGUCAGCAACUAUCGAAAUUCUAUUUCAAGAUCUUGGAAGAAGGCGAGGUUGCGAUCCUGAAGUAAUAUCUCUGUGGCCGAAUGGAGAGUUUACUUUGAGCGAAACUGCGGUGUCAAUCCAAAACAUACAAUCCGCAGAAACCGGAAUUGGCAUAGAAGCGAUGGGUGCCACAGGAACAAUGGCAGUGAAGUUGGAGCAACAGGAGAGCUACGAAACGUCUGAUAAGUCGAUCGUAGUCGGCUCAAUCAUCCUUGAUAAGCAGGUCCGUAACUAUGGGCCGAAGAACGCUAUUCGACUAACUCUUGAAGAGAACAAGACCAACAAGACAGGCGUCAUCACUGACUUACGGUCUGUUGUUCUACUAAAGAGGCACCAUAACGAUAUAUUCGAAGCCUUCGUGAAGGUAAAAGCCACCGGUAGUUUCUCCUAUAAUGCUGUCAGAGGUUUACGCAAUCUCGUUCGAAUGUCCCCGGACAACGAUCCAGUGAGAUUCGAGCCGGGCAAGCAAUACCUGAGGACAGCGAGUCUAGCAGAUCCGAUGGAAGCGCGGUUGGGGGCAGAUAUCGAUAGCCAGAAUCUUAGUAAAGUGCGGCUUGACAAACUUGGUGCGGUUCUCGGAACAACAGUAGUUACAACUAUUAUCGACAUGACGGACAGCAUGGAUUAA